AAAUAUGAAAUAUGUCUGUGUCAAAUAUGAAAACAAUCUUGUAAUCAAUCGGCAUCGUUAUAUUUUUUGUAUUAAUAUUAUCAUUACUAUUUAUAAUAUUCACUCACCAUGGCAGGAGUGCUAUUCGAAGAUAUAUUCAACGUUAAAGACAUGGACCCGGAAGGGAAAAAAUUCGAUCGAGUCAGCAGAUUGCACUGUGAAUCUGAAUCGUUUAAAAUGGACCUUAUUUUGGAUAUAAAUUCUUGGAUAUAUCCCAUGGACCUGGGUGAUAAGUUUCGCUUGGUGUUGGCUACGACGUUGAGGGAGAACGGAUAUCCGGAUGGUGGUGAAUGGAAUCCUUUAGAAACGGAGGGAAAUAGGGCUGAUAGUUUUGAAUAUGUGAUGUAUGGGAAGGUUUAUAGGAUAGACGGCGAUGAAGGUGGUAUGGAACCGUCAGCAAGGCUAUCAGCGUUUGUGUCCUUUGGAGGCCUACUCAUGAGGUUGCAAGGGGACGCUAAUAACUUACAUGGCUUUGAAGUCGACCAGCAUAUGUAUUUACUUAUGAAGAAGCUAGCUUUCUAAGUUAGGUUUAAGUUACAUUUAAAUUUGUUUAAGAAUAAUAAAGAAAAAAAAUUCAUGGAAUGUCUAUGUUAUAUUGGAAAGACGUAAAGAUAUCAAGGAUUUGUUAUUACAAAUGUGUUAUUAUUACAAAUCCUUGAUCUGCUUAUUUGCUUCUAUAAUAUGAUGCGAAAAUUAUGAAUUGAUUUUGAUGGUUUACUGAUUGAAUUGAGAGUUUUAGAGAUAGUGCGCAAGAGCAACUUUUGUCUCCGUUACUAUUUUGUCUCUCCCAUCAACUCUAUGGGCUAGUAAUAAAGUGCGCGUACUUAGCGACGCAACUUCCUAUAGAGUUGAUGGGAGAGACAAAAUAGUUGCGGAGACAAAAGGUUGCCCUUGUUCGCUAGCUCUAAAGCUCUCAAUUCAAUUUGUAAACCAUCAAGCUAGCUCUAACAAAGAUGCAAAUAAUAAUUGAGAAUGAUGAACAAUUUAAACUGAUACUACUGCUCAUUUACUGUAAAAA